AACGUGGUGAUGUGUAUGUUGGUUUUUGUAUCGUGUUGCAAAUAAAUCAAUUAUUUAUUGCUGCAAGAAAAAAUAAAACCAGCACCUGGAUGCUUUAGCUUUAGCCCGACGGGUUGCAUGUUUUGAAACCAAUGAGCUAUUUCUUGUGUGUGAUAGACAGUGUCUGCCAAGCAAGAUCCACAGUAAUUGGCCUUAUCUUAGGAGGGCAUUACAAUGCAUUUUUACAGCAGUCUGACUGGAUGGAUAACGGAGUGUGUGUGUGUGUGUGUGCGAGUGGAUAGGUUAGGGAGCAGCUUCCUGUUUGCUCUGCUAAUGCCUGAGGAAUUCAUUUUCCUUUUAUGGUAAAGUGGAGCGGAGGUAGGCGGACAGGCUAUAUUCCCCGAGUGAGGGGGGGAAACGAGAUGACUGCAACCAGUUUGCGACUCAGUGCAGACUGUGAACGGGGUGUGUAGCUGCUGGAACCAAGCCCUCUGUAGGGGCUGUCGAUGGGCUUUGCCCUCCUAACAGCAAACUACUGCAGCUCUGAUAUCAUAGCACAAGGAUGUCUCAGGCUAGGAAGGUUUCCUCGGUUUACAUUAAGCUCGUUCCUCAUGGGCCUACCAGUGCCCCAAAGGCUCGUGUCUCUCUGGGGGCUGUGAAGACGGACGAUCAUGGGCAUAAGGAACUAGUGCCAUCAACCCCCACGUCCAGGAACCCCUCCAACAAACUGGGAAACGUGGGCCUGUUAGGAGUGGCAGGACCUACACAAUCAACCUUACAUUCUGCCAGUGAAGAUUACCUCCCACCUCCCCCUCCUCCUGCUCCAGAAAACACAAGAGAUGUUUUUCACCCAAGUGAGCUGCCACUUCCUCCUCCUCCACCACCUCUAUCGUAUGAGGAGACAAUUCCAUCUCGGAAUUCUUCCAAGCACGCCAAGGUGCUGCAAUCCAACGGUGGAGCAGGCUUCAAACAGCAGGAAUUGCCUCCUCCCCCUGAAUUUGAGAAAAACAGCAUUCCGUCUGCGGGAAUCAAACUGGAAAAUCCAUUGCCUAAGACAGUGAACAACAAGUUGAAUGGAUCUCCAAGUUCCAGGGCAGAUAUCUGUGCAUUUUGCAACCAACUGAUUCCUCCAACCACUACCGCUCUUGAAGCCAUGGACAAAAUGUUCCAUGAGAACUGUCUGCAGUGUAGAAAAUGUAACUGCAAAUUGGUGGGGAAAACUUAUUAUAAUCUAGGCGGCGAUCCUCAUUGUGAUUCCUGCUACCAGGACACCUUGGAGAAGUGUGGAAAAUGCAAUAAAGCCAUAAUGAGUCAGAUUAUUAGAGCUUCAGGCAAGGCUUUCCACCCCGAGUGCUUUAUAUGCAUUGUCUGUCAUCGGCCUAUUGGAACAGAACGCUUUGGAGUGAACAAUGCAGGGGAGGUUCACUGCCUCGAAGACUUCCAGAGGAGAUAUGCACCGCAGUGCUGUGUCUGUAAAAUGCCAAUCAUGCCAGAAAGUGGAAAGGAAGAGUGUAUCAACAUUGAACUGUUUGGGCUCCAUUUUCAUGUGAACUGUUACAAAUGCGAGAAAUGUGGAAUUCUACUGUCUCCUGACCCAACAGAUGAAGGAUGUUUCCCACUCAACAAACAGAUCCUUUGCAAGACUUGUCACAUAUCCCUGAGUGCCAGCUCCACUACUUGAAGAGCAGAUUUUAGAAAUUAAUCACUCAACUUGCGAACUGUUAUGUUUUUAUUGCUGCAAAUCUCUACUUUUCCAUUUAUAAUCAACUUAAAAUACAGAGUAUCAGAUCUCA